AUGAUUUCUAAAGACCAUCAAGUUUAUUUAUUAUUAAAACCAAUGUCAAUAUUAAAAUCCCAGGAGAAGAUGGCUGAUGUACAAGACGAGCUGCUUCAAGACCUCGAAUGCCCAGUAUGCAUGGAAUAUUUAACACCCCCGAUUAGGAUGUGCACUUCGGGCCACAGCAUAUGCGACGACUGCAGAAGUAAAAUCACCUUUUGCCCUUUAUGCGCCAAGAAAUUUUCGACAGGCAGAAAUGUUACACUAGAACACGUCGCUGAGAAGAUAAAAUAUCCUUGCACCUACAGAAAAUACGGUUGCAAAGAGAAGCUGAGUUGCAAUGAGCUCUAUAAUCACCAAAGAAAAUGCACGUACAUGGAAAUUGUCUGUUUUUUUUCAUACUUAUGCCAGUUUAAAGGCUCACUUCAGGAUCAAUUGAGCCAUUGCAGGUGUCAUGAUAGAUAUUGUUUAACGAUGAAGGACGGUCAGCCGAGACGGAUCGAAUUGCUCAGUGUUAAAGGCUUAUGUACUAUCAGUAAUCCAAGUUAUAGUUUUUUAAUUAAAUUAAACGAUAAGUACUUUUGGUUGCGAACGAGAAGAUUUAAUGUUGAUAAGAGAAUAGGUAUGUGCGUUCAGAUGAUUGGAGAUCGCGCGGAAUCGUCAAAGUACAAAUACGAAAUAGCGAUUAGCAAUGGAGAUAAGAGAAUCUCCUUUAAGGAUUCCUGCAAGCCAAUUUACUUAAAGGAGGCGGAUUGGAACGAUAGCAACACUUUUUCUUUGAACGAUAGAUUGUACGAUUUUUACAGCAAUAAUGGCUUUGAAGCAGAUCUUACUAUAGAAAAGACCUGCGAUAUCGUGAAUUGGUUUUCGUGGUAUCAAUUUGUUAUUUUCUUAGCAAUUAUAAUUUACGUGUGUCAGCUUAAUUUCAACGUUGAUUUUGGUAAACUUUUAGCUCAUUCUGAAAGCGCGCCUAAAUUCAGCAAAAACGAAUACAAACAUAAAUUUAGGAAAAAAUACACACAUGAUUUCAGUAACGAUACUAAUACCAAUUUUUGGGUGAUAAUUGCGAUAGUUUUUAUAACUAUUACGACGAUAUAUAAUUUAAUUAAUUUGAUAUUUGAAACAUUAAGGCGAAUUGUAACUAGUUUGCUAGGAAUAUGA